UGAUUUGAUGUUUUGGCUGUCAGAUCUUGAUUAGAUAAAUACAAUUUUGCAAACUUUUUUAAAGUUUACCCGCACCACCAAAAUCAAUUUUUUUUUUGCCUCUUUAAAAACUAUUUUGAUCGAUAAACUUUAACUAUGAGAACUAUACGUACCAACGGUAUCACAUUAUCACCAUCAACAACCAUAGUUAAUAAGAUCAAUCAAUUGAUUGGUACUAAAGCAUACACUAUAUACUACAGAUAACACAUACAUCAUGUCAACUAACGACGAAAUAAUAUAUUAUCCUCCUAGCAUACAAACCAAUAAACAAAAGUUACAAAGAGCUCAAGAUAUAGCGUCGUUGGUUUUGGGAGUAGGAUGUGGAAUUCUAACUUUAGAAUCAGCUUAUGGGUUUGUGUUCUAUUUGGCUGGAAUCACACUUACUAAUGGUAUAUUCCUUACUGCUUGUUGUGAAGGUAAACCAGAAAAGUUCUUUACAAAGCCAAAACAAGAAAUAUUCUUGGAAGGAUUGUUUAAUAAUGUGCCUGGGUUUGUUAUGAUGUGGUGUUUGAUAUAUGCAUUAGUUAAAGCUAGUUCCUGAUUCGAUUGAAGGUGUUGACGAAGUUCAAUCUUGAACUUAUAGUGUAUGGUAUCGGGAUUAUAUCAGUUUGUUGAUUAAUUACUAUGUAAUUAACAUGAAAAAUCUCUACUAAAUAGGUUAAUAGAGGAAAAUAAAACGAAUAAUGUCUAUAAGUUUACAAUCUAUAUUGUAAUUGUAGUAGUUCUAGUGACUAUUUCACUGGUAAUUUCUACGUCUACCACUUGAGGC